AUGAGGACCAAGAAGAGAGGUAACCAGGGGCCUCCCUCCGAGACCGACUACGAGAUUCUUCAUUUGAAGCGAGCUAUUGUGGCGGCCAAUGCAAGGGGUCAUUCUUGCGACAAGUGCAUCGGCAUAUUGGUCAAGCCACUUCCGGAGCCUUUCCAGCGCGCUUUUACGAAGUCGAAAGACUAUUUUCGGCUCGACGUGACUACCAGUAAGGUCCAAAAGAUGGCAGCAUCCGGGUGCGCUUUCUGGACCAUGAUCCAAGAGCGCCUGGAGUUCGAAGCGUUUAAGGUGGGGCUGGAGCAGCAAUGUAGUAAAGUUGAGUACGACCUUCAGAAGUAUGAUGGGCGUUGGUCAAACGUGUACUACGAAGCCCUCGCAGCUUCUAUAGGAGAAGAUCAGGUGAAAGAGUAUCAACGACUAUGUCAAGUCAUGAGGAAACUACCUUGGCGGUCCGCAUCACGCGACGACGAAUCAGUCGGGGCAGUUGCCGCAGAUGUAGCAGAGGACUUCGUGAGAAUCCUAGUGGCUUACACGAAUAUCGACGAUGACAACCCAGGAGACUAUGACGACCAGUCAGCAAAAGUGGAUGUUAACAUCAUUAUGCGGCCUAACCCAGCUGGAGAACGAUUCAAGAGUGUGAGAUGGAUUUCAUUUUGGGUGUCAUUCUUUGCCUUGGGACUUCCAGGAGACUUCGGAGAUGCCAGACAGACUUACGUCGGCUCUCCAUCCAACGUAACACCGAGCAGCUUGGGAUCGAUGGCUCUGAUCCGGCACUGGCUGAGGAAAUGCGAGAUUGACCACAACUGUGGUGUCAAGGAUUUACCCUCAUCUAUGCCAUCGUUUCUCCUGGAUGUUUCCUGCAAAAAAAAAGUCAAACUGGUCUCAGUCACUCAAGGUCUGAGGGAGCGAUACAUCGCGCUCUCGUACUGCUGGGGAGUCGGUAUGCAGAAGACGAUGCUGAAACUCGGCAAUAAGAACGAUCUCAUGUCGGGACUAGAGCUACAUCACUUCGAUACUACGAUCCAGGACGCUAUGAAAGCUACCAGGGAACUCAACUUCCGAUUUUUGUGGAUUGAUGCCCUCUGCAUUAUACAAGACGAUUACGACUUCAAAGCUAAAGAGCUGGGGAAAAUGGGAAACAUUUACCAGUGUGCUACUUUCACAAUCAUUGCAUCGGCAGCCAAAGACGUGAAGCAAGGAUUUCUCAGGGAUCGACAUGCGACCAUUGGACCGGCAAGAGAUAUGACGGCGCCUCAGCCCAUGUUCAGCAUCAAGGCAUACGGAAAGCGUGGGAAACACUAUGUACACGUCCCCAUCCUUCUCACGCCGUACCACUUCAACUACCCCGAGCCGUGGUAUACUAGAGCUUGGACCUUCCAGGAACUCUUGUUCUCAAGACGUCGCCUUCAGUAUCUGAAUAAUCGAACGACAUGGAGUUGCUAUUGUGGAGAACAAGUUGUCCAGCAUUGCGAUGGCUGGAUUAUCGGAAAGGCACACACACAUCCUGGCUAUGGCAUUGCGGAGCAAGAAACCUUUUCGGAUGUGAUGGAAAUACUCAAGAACCCUGGUGAUGCCCAGUUCAAUUCCAGUGAGCUUCUCGAAUACUGGUGUGAGCUUGUGGAUAUGUAUUGCACCCGAAAAGUAACUUAUCAGAGCGACCGCUUGCCGGCAAUAUCCGCAAUAGCGCAGGAGUUUGCGGUGGCUCUGAAAGACGAGUAUAUCUGCGGUAUUUGGAAAUCAGAUCUACCAUCGGGGCUCUUGUGGUCUUCACAAUUCGCUCAAAUUGACAAUAAGAACCCAGUCCGACGUACUGGCCCUGUCGAAAGGCCCAAACCGACAUGGAGCUGGUCAGCUUAUGAUGACGAUGUCACAUGGAUAAACACGCAUCUCGAAAAACAGAAAGAUCCAGACUUCGAAAUCUUGAGUCAUGAUAUUCAGCUCGUAUCUGCGGAUGCGCCAUUUGGUGAGGUCAAGAAGGGCGACCUUCGUGUACGUGGCUUGAUGAUAGGGAUUCCACUUCCAACCAUAAGUGCUGAAAAUGGGAUACCAGUCAUCAUUGUUGAGGGGAUGGAGAUGCCGGCAGUGAUUGACUAUCCCGACGACCCCAGAUUGCAGCAGAACUCUCUUUCAAAGUUGAGCGCACUCAUUGUCGUCCAAACCGGUUGGUCAAUUCUGGAAGGAAUCAUAGUAGCGGAGGAAGAGAAGAACAGAUGGUCUCGUGUUGGCUGGUGGGACUCACAACAUACCCGAACGGAGCCACUAGCGUCAGGAUCUACUGAUCAGGCCAGCAUUAGAUCUGUGAAGGAAGCAUAUCGAGCCAAGUUAAGAAGUCUUUGGGGCGGCAAAGAGAAUAUUCGUGAAAUAGUAUUGAUGUGA